UACCAGUUUCCUGCCUGAAAAAUAUUUCCCUUGGUUUCGCAUGUGAUAAGGACGAGCAGGGUCCUAGAAUUUUUCCAACCUCAUCGGCUUAACCCUCGUUUUCCGCUUUUAUUAUAGUUUUUCGUACCAAAAAUAAUCAUGCGCUUUUCUUCCUUCGUCGCUGCUUCUGCUCUGUGCAGAAGCGGUUCAUUCGUGGCUGCUGCGGAACCUGCACUGAAAAUUGAGAAGAACGUCGUGGACGAGUCCGCUGCAGUUGCAACCGACCAGAAGAUGGUGCCUGGAAAUGACUUUACGGUCUCGCUCGCGAAAUGGCUGGGGGUGGACGAAAGUGUGGUCCUAGAACGAGCGACCGCUUCACCGGAGUUCGAAAAGAAGUUUCUGCGAAGGAACGGAGAAACAUCACCAAAUUCAUCAGCCAAAGAGCCACAUGAUGAGAGAGACGGUAACAGAAGUACUUCUAAUUCUAUCGACACCGCACCAGUCUUUGUCCCCCCGAAAUAUGAACUUAUCGACCUUCUUUCCGAGUACAAGAAAAACAAUCCAGAAAAGCAUGAACAGCAAAGACUUUCCGGGAACACACCGGUGGUGUUCAUGCACGGCAUGGGCGACGCGGGGUACAAUCCGGGGAUGCAACACCUGUGCAAAACCACCGCGGAGAAAUACAACACCUACGUCCUUUGCCUCGACGUCGCCGACGGUUUUUCCUCCAUCACGACCAAAAUGGACGACCAGCUGCUCGCCUUCGCGGACACCGUGUUGAAGGAUAGCAACCUGAGCGACGGGUUCAGCCUGAUGGGGAACUCGCAAGGCGGACUCCUGUCCCGCGCCUUCAUCGAGCGCUUCAACAAUCCGGUGGUGAAGCGGUUCGUGUCUCUGUCCGGCACGCAGAACGGGAUCUCCACCUGUCCGACUUCGCUCUCCUGGGUUUGUCCGAUCUACACACACGUCGUCGAUCCGUACAACUCGCCGCUCGUUUUCGCGGACUACUGGAAAGACCCGCUCGACGAGAGGAAAUAUUUGAAGGAGAGCCGGUUUCUGGCGGAUAUCGGCAACGACCGGGAGAAGAAAAACGUCAAUUACGCGGCGAACAUGAAGAAGCUGGAAAAGUACGUGAUGAUCGAAACCACAAAAGAUUCCAUGGUGUUACCGCACGAGAGCGAAGCGCACGGCUACUACGCCUGGGGCGGACGGGAAAAAGUGGAGGAGUUGCGGGAGACCGUGGCGUAUAAGGAGGACUGGUAUCUAUCAUGAUGAAACGGCCUUUUAAUUCAAGUAUGUUGACAGUUCCUAAACUUUGAAUCAGCGAAUCGAUGUCUUCGGCGUUGAGGCAAGAGGUGGUUCUUUCAUGCUGUGUGUUAGGGAGUCCUCGUGUGGAAAUCGUAGAUACCCAAACAAAAAAAAAUCAGGAUCGGGCUCCGCACUCUGGAUGAAGCAGGUAAGCUCGUGCAUUUGAAGUAUCCCGGCGAUCACAUGCGGAUUCCGCAUGACAUGCUGUACGACGAAGUACUACCGAUUCUAGUGGGUAAAGAGGGCAACAAGCGAUCUUCGCAAGCGCCGUCUGUAGAAGUGUAUCAAUAGGGAACCACCUCAACAUUUGAAGAGAAGACAGUGACGGAGAAAAAUUUUGCACAUCUAUUGUUUUUCAAAGAUAUGCUCAGCAAACAGAAGAAAAGCCGUUCAUGCAU